AUGAAGUUUGAUUAUUCAAUUUUAAUAUUAAUAUUUUCAGUAGUCGUAUUGGCUACUGUAUCUGCAGCUGUAUCAUCAUCGUCAUCAGGCGAUUCAUCAGUAUGCAGAGCUGUAUCAUUUUCAGGUGCUGGUGAUAGAGGUGCCUAUGAGGCUGGUGUUGUUGCUGGACUUGUCGAUUCCAGAGACCCAGCCGAUUUAAUGUGGCAGUUUGCUACUGGUAUUUCAGCCGGCUCAAUCAAUGCUGCCGGUAUGGCAAUGUAUAAUAUUGGAAAUGAAGUUGGUGGAAAGGAUUUCCUUGUUAAUCAAUGGUUAGGAAUUAAUAAGAGAGAUAUUUAUACUGAUUGGAAAAUUGGAGGAGUUGUAGAUGGAUUACUUUUCCAAAAGGGUAUUUUUGACAACACAGCAUUAUAUAAUUUCAUGGGUAAUGUUUUAAAUGUAACUGCAUUGCAAUCAUCUACUCGUGGAUUAUUGAUUGGCGCAACUGAUAUUACAACUGGCCUCUUCCAACGUUUUGAAAAGAAUGAAACCAAUAUUGUUGAUUGUGUAGUUGCAUCUGCUUCCAUUCCAGCUGUAUUCCCACCCGCUCAAUUUUGGGGUCAAACCUUUGUUGAUGGUGGUGUUACUUAUAUGACACCAAUUUCAGAUACAGCAAGAUUAUGUCAAGAGACUGGAGCUGAAAAGAUUAUAAUUGAUGUAAUUGUAAUUGGUAAUCCUACAUUACAAGAGGAUUGUUCAAAUUAUACCAGUCUCCCCAUUUUAAUGAGAUCGGCAUCGAUUGUCCAACACAACAUUGCUAUGAAGGAUAUCGAGACUGUUUUCCAAGCCUUUGAUAAUGUUCAAGUCAAUCUUUUCUAUCCAUCACAAUCUUUACCAGGUUAUUUCUUGGGCUUUGAGUACAGUAAGAUCAUGGUAUCCAUCGGUUACAAAGAUGGUCAAGAUGAAAAUAAUGUUAUUACUCUUACCAAUGAUAAUUACAAAGAAAUCAUUUCAAAAUUAUAUUAUAAAUAA